AAAUGAGUACUAGCGUUAGUGGAAAUGCCGGUGAAGAGAAGAAGGUUACCUUGAAAAGUUGCGACGAUGUCGAAUUCAAAGUUGACAUACCUGUCGCUAGUCGUUCCAUCUUGCUUAAGAACAUGAUUGAAGACGUCGGAGAGACAGAUCAAUCAAUUCCCCUUCCUAACGUCAACGAAAAAGUUCUUGAAUGGUGUACGCAUCAUGUCAAUGACCCUCAACCUACGAAUGAUGAUGAUGAUUCCCGCAGGAGGAACACUGAAAUCGAUGAUUGGGACCAAAGAUUUCUGAAUGUUGAACAGGACAUGCUCUUUGAGAUCAUUCUGGCUGCUAACUACUUGGAUAUCAAACCAUUAUUGGACAUUGGUUGCAAAACUGUGGCCAACAUGAUCAAAGGAAAGUCUCCCGAGGAAAUCCGUUCCACAUUCAAUAUAGUCAAUGAUUUCACUCCUGAGGAAGAGGAACAAAUUCGCAAGGAAAACGAAUGGGCUGAGGAUCGAUAA